GGUUUGCGCACACAUCCCGAGACCAGAGACCGAGGCUCGCCUUUAACAAUUCAUUGGCAGCCAGUGAAGGAAGAAGCAGAACGAGAUAGAGAGUAAUCCAUUUGCCAUAUUUUUGCAGUAAUUGAAUUGCAACAGCACCGCAAUCUAGUUAUAAAAGUCAUUUCGUGUGCUAAAUAAAAAGUAAUAAAACGAAUAGAUACAAGUGCAUAUACAGAUUGGUGAUAUACUCGAGCCCACAACUCUACGGAAAUCGACCACAAAAGCGGAAGGUGUUGGGCUGCUUCUGAUUUUAAAAAUAUAUAACAAAAAAUCGACAAAGAGGAACAUGGCCCAGUUGAGGACUUCCGACGGCUGCGGGACACACAGCAUUGUUCUUUUGCUGCUCCUAUUCCUGUGCAGCAGUCAGGCGGCAACCAUGGCCAACAAUAAUGAGUUGGCGGCCACAGGUUUGUCUGACCAAGUGGUUGACCAACUUGGCGACAAUGAUCUCUACAAUAGCAAACGCGCUUGGCAAUCACUGCAGAGUUCUUGGGGCAAGAGAUCUGGCGAUCCAGCUGCCUUGGAUGUGGAUGACGCCAUUUAUAUGACGGGACACUUUGUGCCCUUGGUCAUAACCGACGGCACCAACACCAUGGAUUGGAACACCUUUGAGCGCGUGGCAAGUGGCAACAAUCCGGAGCAACAGCAUCAUCAACUGUCCCAGUCGAACGAGGAGAUUGAGGAUAUCAACGGCGACAAUUCGGUAGAGAAACGAGCCUGGAAGAACAUGAACGUGGCCUGGGGAAAGCGACGUCAGGCCCAGGGCUGGAACAAGUUCAGGGGUGCCUGGGGCAAGCGUGAGCCGACCUGGAACAAUCUGAAGGGCAUGUGGGGCAAGCGUGAUCAGUGGCAGAAGUUGCACGCGGGUUGGGGCAAGCGUUCCAUUUCCAAUUAAACUCGCUCGAUCUUUAUAGACAGUCUAGGCAAAUUACACGUAAUACCCAUGGAUUUACAUACAUAUGAUACGAUUAUAACUAGCAAACUAACUGUGUAUAACAAUAUAUACUAACAAACAAACUAACUUACUAAUAUUACGUGCAUUUUAGGUCAAUGUUCUUCAUAGAAUUCUCGUUCUAGUUGCCGUUCUCAAUGUCUAGUUCAAUGAAGUUGGGCUCAAUUCCGAAAAUGUAUGAAAGCGCUCGCCACAAAAAUGCAAAUCUUAAGAAAAAUCAAAAUUUUUUGUAAUUUGCACAUGUGUUUGUAUUUGUGUUUGUAUUUAUGUAUUUAUGGUAGCUGAAGUCAGUAUUAUAACGAAUUACCAACAAUAUAAUAUGCAUACAAUACAAAUACACGAAUGCAAUAAAAAUCUAGUAACAAACCUUAACUUAGUUAAUGGAACUGUGCAUAUUUUUUAAAUACGUAUACCUACUAUAACUUAACGAAAUGGCAAUUAUAUAAAUGCAAUUAUCAAAAUAAAUCAA